CAUCUCUACUUUUGAGGUGUAAGACAAAUGAGAGGUUUGCCUCACUGGACAGAGAAUAGAAACGGUGGGGAAAGUAGAGGAGAGUGUGCUUUGCGAGGGGGGAAGAAGGAAGUAAGAAGGAGAAGAAGAAAGCGGGUUUGGAUGGAGACGACGAAUAGGCUGAGCAUAACCCAGCAAGAGCAAAUACGAGUUGAGCAAAAGGUGUUUGAGAUAUUCAAUCUCCUCAACAAUGUUCCCUCCCACUCCCGUUCCUCUAUGAUGGAUCUCUGGCGUGAUAAGCACGUUGAAUUUCUAUUCAAAGGCCUUGGGCGUCUGAGCCCCAGCUAUUAUGUGUUGGAUGCCAAUCGCCCGUGGAUCUGUUAUUGGAUACUUCAUUCGAUUGCUUUAUUGGGAGAGUCCAUAGACUUCGAAGCUGAGAACAAUAUUGCCGACUUUCUCCAUCGUUGUCAGGACACACAUGGUGGAUAUGGUGGCGGACCUGGACAGAUGCCUCAUCUCGCAACAACUUAUGCUGCAGUAAAUUCACUUAUUACCUUGGGUGGUCAAAGGGCUUUGUCGUCAAUAAAUAGAGUCACAAUGCACAUGUUCUUGCUGCGGAUGAAAGACCCAUCAGGGGCGUUCAGAAUGCAUGAUGCAGGUGAAAUGGAUGUUCGAGCUUGCUACACUGCAAUAUCGGUUGCAAGUGUUUUGAACAUUUUGGACAGUGAGCUAGUGCAAAAUGUUGGUAGUUACAUCCUGAGCUGCCAAACAUAUGAAGGUGGAAUUGCUGGAGAACCUGGUUCUGAAGCUCAUGGCGGGUACACUUUUUGUGGCUUGGCCACAAUGAUUCUGAUCAAUGAGGCUGAUCGUCUGGACUUGCCUGGUAUAAUUAACUGGGUGACAUUUCGUCAAGGAGUAGAGUGUGGAUUUCAGGGCAGAACAAAUAAACUGGUUGAUGGCUGCUACUCCUUUUGGCAGGGAGGAGCGCUUGCACUAAUACAAAGGUUAUCAUCAAUUGUUGAUAAACAAAUGAAGUUGUCAUAUGUUGGAGAAGGGCACCAGAACACGGGGAGAACUUGCAAUGUUGCAACCUCAAAUUUGUCUGAAGCAGAAUCUAUUCUGGGUGCACAUGAAGCUGAUAAGGCAUGCUAUUUUAAAUUCAAAGGAGAACUUUCUGAUAUUGGGUCGUCUUUCCUUGAGAGACAAGCUGAGUGGGGCCCUUUGUUCCACAGUAUUGCUUUGCAGCAAUAUUUACUCCUAUGUUCUCAGGUAUUGGAGGGAGGGUUUAAGGACAAGCCUGGAAAGCAUAGAGACUUUUACCACACAUGUUACUGUCUAAGUGGUCUCUCAGUAUGUCAUCAUAGCUGGUCAAAGGAAGCUGGUGCUUCUCCUUUGCCCAGAGCAGUGCUAGGUUCAUAUUCUAACUUAUUGGAGCCAAUCCACCCUCUUUACAAUGUCACUUUAGAUCGAUACUACAAGGCACGUGACUUCUUCUCCUGCUCCUAACAAUAAAGAUUAUCACCAUCUCUCCUUGAGUUCCCCCUACAUGAAUUAUAAUUUGCAAAUCAGAUGAUGAAGAAUGUGAACCCCUUUUGGAUAAUAAAUAAAAUUGAUGAUCACCUGUCUCAUGGGAUAUUCUCA